AUGUGGCACCGACUCUCCAGCGCCAUACAACAGCAAUCACCAGCUGCCACCACCACCACCACCACCACCACCACCAAGGCGCGAGACGACCCCGACACCCAACUCUGGCAGGACAGAUUCGACGAUCGGAUUGAGCGCCUUGCAAAAUCUUCUGAAGGUGGCAAUCGACCCCAUCGCUUCGAGAUUCAACAGGGCAAGGCUGUGCCCAGCUCAAGCGACACGCCUCUGGCUUUGCGCGAGUACCUACCAAGCUCCACCUCUUCGUCGACACCAGAAGCUGCGCCUCGACCGCGACAAUUCCCACGAACCUCAGACUGGCGCCAGAGAGUCCAACCGGCACCCCCUCCACCUGUUAACGGCGAAGUUGCCGUACCAAAGUUGGUGGUGAGCGACGAUCAUUGCGACAAGAGGCAACCGCAGAGCGACGAAAUGGCGAGCCUGUAUUACACACAACUACAACAGCAGCAAAAGGCGAUCAAUACGGAUGGAGUGUCGUUGCCAAGCUCCCCCGAACUGAGCCCAGAGAACAGCCCGUACUACAAUGACAACAGUGUCUCGCCAAUGGAGGAGGAUGACGCAGAUGUGUCUCGACAGUAUUUCAUCGAGGGGGCCAACCCACUGGCGCAACAUCCCGCUGCCAACUCAUCAACAGCUACCUCGCCCGCUCUUCGGUCCAGUGGUCAACAUCCGUCCAGCAGUAUCCCCACGAUGAAAAGGCAGCAGCAGAAGCUGAGCGACGCCGAUGCAGUGGCUCCAAGACCGCGAGCGAAUCGCGACACGCACCUGAGGGCUGGGACCCCUCCUAUAGAAUCGGACCACACAUCUCGCAACGCCGUCGGAUGGGAGGAUCCUACCGACCAAAUGCAUCCUCGACCAGAGAGCACCGAACCCCGCGACGAAGCGCCCAUGUACGGCAUGAAGACCACCGUCACGGCUCAGCUGGGCCAGCGCUCGAGGAACCCCCCACCUUCUCUUGGGCAGCGCGUGCGCCAGCAGCUGGGGAAAGGAAAGACGGAGCCCAUCGAGAACAGACCAGCAUGGCAGGGCGCCAGCGGCAGGGAGACUGUCGUCAAACCUGUCCAGGACAAGACCAGUGUGCCGCCGCUGCAGGUGCCGCCCAAGAGCAGCAAGAGGGCCGAGCGGGCGAGGGAUGCGCGCACACAGGAGCAGCAUGCUCAGCCUAUACGGCAAAGUCAACAGGCACACGACAUGGCACAUGGCUCGUCGAAAAUGGCAGCCCUUCGAAAGUUCAUGCCCCAUCGCCACAAUCAGGUACCGCCUCAACCCCAAGGCCGGGCCUCUUUCGCAAACGAGCCUGCGACAGACAACGUCGCAGCUGUAAACGCCACCACCACCACAGACGAAACAGGCAUGGACAUGUCUUCCUCCAUGGAGGCGCCCGAUUCCCCGCCACAGAUUCGGGUCUCGCCCCAUCCCCCUCGACUCACGAUUCCCAACCCGGACAAGGCCAUCAAGCGCAAGCCCCCGCCCAACGCUGCCAACAGCCCAGCACACGUCGUCCACCCGUCCAUCUCCAGCUCAGUCUACUCAACGCAGCCCGAUCACCCGACCCUGACCACCUCACCGCAGCAGAUCACGUCUACUCCCCCGCUGCUGGAGGACUCACGGACGCAGCCCCCGUCGCAACUCAGCAGCACCAGGUACCCUACAUCUGCAGACGACACGACCUCUCGACGCUCCAACGAGGAGCAAGUGCCGCCUGUCUCCGAGCCAGCGUCUUCCGUGAUGGAUCGUAGGAGACCCGUCCCCGGACGAGACAGCCCGCAGACGGUACCGCACGACCCCCUGGUGAUUUCGCUCAAGUCGGCCACCACGUCCGACCAUGCCAGCACGCCACGGAGCAUCGCCCACGACAAGCCGGUUGGCCGGCCCAUGUCCAUCAUGUCAACGAGCAAGGAUCUGCCCCCGGCGCCACCGGAGAUGGUCGACACCAAAGACCGCGUCGUGCUGCUCAAGACGAAGCUUGAGGCGCUGGCCCAUCGACGCAACAACAUCAGUAGGAGCAUCAAGAAGAUGACGGAACUCAUGCCCGCUGACAGGCUCAUGGCCAGCCACGAGGUGCUGCGCAAGCGCGAGGAGGAGAAGAGGAAAGUCGAGGUUCUUCGCGAGGAGCUCGCCGAGGUGCAGAGGCAGGAGUACGACCUAGGCUUGAAAUUGCACCGCGCGUACAAGCGUCAGGAGCGCGAGGCAAACUACGAGACCGGCACGCUGUGGGUCAGGAGAGUCACGAGCUAA